CCUCUCUCACUAGUAUGCAUCAUCGGUAGCAACCGCGCCGUUCGCCGACCUUGGGAUAUUUAGAGAUUGAUACUGCAGAUCGAAGGGAUUCAGCUUGCAGAACGUCUAUAAAGCUCGACUGCGCGACCUAAAACUAGACUAAGUUACACUUCCUCUCUAGUUUCUAACAUAUCUAAUCCUUGUGUGUCUUCAGAUACUAUCCGAUAUCAAAGCAAGAAGAGUUACACCGCAUCACCUCUUACUCUCAUUUAAUUGCAUCAUCGACCUUUGCUUAUUCGACUUCUACAAUCCUAAACCAUCACAUCCAACGAUAUGCGCGUUUUCGUCACCGGAGCCACAGGCUUCAUCGGCACGGCGGUCGUCCCAGAGCUUCUCGCCGCGGGCCACCAAGUUCUGGGCCUCACCCGCUCAGACAAAGGUGCUGAGACGCUGAAGUCACUCGGCGUUGAAGCACAUCGCGGAUCACUCGAAGAUCUGGAGAGUCUGAAGAAGGGCGCCUCUAGCGCCGAUGCAACAAUCCACCUCGCCUUCGACCACAACUUCGCCGACUUCGAGGGCAUCAACAAGAAAGACAGAGUUGCCAUCGAGGCUAUAGGAGAGGCUCUCGUCGGUACCAAUCGCCCGUUCAUUAUCACGUCUGGAACUUUGUUACUUCCGCUGGAAAAGCUGGCUACCGAGGACGACAACGGCGACUACACUAUCCCUACUGCCGUUCGUGGAUUGGCGGAGCAGUUGACACUGUCUUUCGUGCCGAAAGGAGUGCGUGCUGAAGUCGUGCGUCUUCCACCAACGAAUUACGGGGAAGGUGACCACGGAUUCAUCGCCAUGCUCAUCAAGACUGCACGAGAGAAAGGAGAAUCCGCCUAUAUCGGGGACGGAUCCAAUCGCUGGCCCGCGACCCAUCGACUUGACACUGCUAAAGUCUUCGCAUCGGCUCUGGACAGGGGCACCGCCGGUGCCACCUAUCACGCUGUCGCCAACGAAGGGAUCACCGCUAAGGAGAUCGCGGAAGCUAUUGGCAAGGAGUUGAACGUGCCUGUCGUCAGCAAGAGCACGGAGGAAGCCCCGGCGCACUUUGGUUUCCUGGCAUUACCGUUCUCGAGGGAUAACCCGACUUCUAGUAAGAAGACAAGGGAGGCGCUUGGUUGGGAGCCGGCGCAGCCUGGAUUGAUUGCAGAUAUCAAAGAAGGACACUACUUCAAGAACUAAUGUGAGCCAGGAGUCUAUGGUUAGGACAUUGAUGAACUAUGCAAGACUCAUGUCAGGAGAAUGGUCUUUGUUCUCGGAUGGGGAUUUUAUCUGUGGACAUGGAAAAGCAGGCCUGAAGAAGCAUUCGCUUGAGGAAUAAACAUCAGUUUUACUUUCCGUUGGUAUUUCCAAUACAGAUUUCGGUACCAAUGGACUGCCCGAGGGUCUUUUCCGAAGCAUGUCAUGUGACCGUAGCCUCUACAUGAAUACCAACCAACCAGCAUCGAGCAACACCAAGUCACCAGGAAGCCCAUCAUCUUUUAUUUCUCAUUGAUCUCUUUGAUUGGCCAAGCAUUUCGUUUAGUAUAGACGUCAUUCCCUCGGAUCAGCGACAGCCGGUUCUAGUUGAACGUUUAGGGGAAUAGUGGAGCCAUUCGGUGGUCGUGGCGCGGGAAGCAUCACACCCGUGGGUAACACAGCGUCAAAACACGAUUUUGCGGAC